AAUACGGUACCGUAGGUACCGGUACGAGCUUGUACGAGCUUGUAGCCAUAGCUGCAGCAUCACUUUGCGGGUUCCGCAAAAGCUACGGUACGAAUAGACCUGGUGAGAGACGCGGUGAGAGACACGGCUUGCGACCACCCGGCGCGCGAAGCACAUUCGGCCGGCGUGUCAUGAGCGGCCGGCGUCGUGCGGGCGUGCUAGCGCUGGCCACGGCGGCGGGCUCGCUGGUGUUGCCGCCCGCGGCGCCGCGGCGACGGCCCGCGGCGGCCCUUUGCCGUCGCCCGCUGCUCCUGCCGCUUCGCGUGGCGACCGCCGAGCCGGAGGCGAUGCCAGCGGACGUCUCGGCGAACGCCACCGCCGUGCUCGCCGCCUCGGCGGCCGACGGCGCCGGCGAGACCGUCGAGAUACGCGCGGUGGCCCCGCCGCCGCCGCCGAGGCAGGCCGACUUCGCGCGGCUUCGGCGGGCGCUGUGGACGCCGCUCGACGUCGGCCACACGCACGCGGUCUCGGGCGCGCUCUUCCUCGCGGGGGCGUUCGCCUGGAUCGCGUGGGUCGCGCACGCGCAGGCCGCGGGCGCGGCCGCGCCCCACGCGCCGAUCUUCGGCGGCGAGGCGUCGCUCGCGGUCCUCGCGGUCGGCGUCUGGAACGGGCUCUCCGCGUUGCCCAUGGCCAGCGACGAAAGGGUGGCGAGUCAGGAUUUAGAUCGGUACCACGCGCUGGCGUUCCGCUGGGGCGGCACGGCGCAGCUCGCGGCGUGCGCGUGGCUGUGCUGGUGGUUCUCGGGGCUGUACCCUUCCGUUCCGCGGCCCGUCGACGCGGCGCUGUGCGUGGCGUCCAUGUCGUCAAUAGCAUGGGUCGUCUACUUCUCCGAGGAGUCUAUACGAGCGGUGGACCGCAAGGUCGCGACCGGCGGCUUCGUCCACGGGCGAAGGGCCGCGACGCUGUCGAAGGACGAGAGAAUACAGCUCAGCGCGCUCGCGCGCCUCGGCAGCUAUCCGAACGUGUUUCAGCUACCCGUCCUCGUGAACGUGUUCCUGGGCGGCCGCGCCUGGCUCGACGCCGCCCUGGACAAGUUCCCGCACCAGGCGGCGCUCCUCCACCACUACCUCUUCGCGUGCGCGACGAGCUACGCGAUCACGUUCUUCGCCACGACGCUCCGCGACCGCAAGCUCAUCACGAUCCGCCAGGACCUCGCGAUGCUCGCGACGGGCACGGCCCUGCCGUUCCUGACCAUGUUCGCCGACGUCAGCGCCUUUCCGGGCGCCGCGACGCUGAACCCGCUCGACUACAACGUCGGCUUCCUCUGACGCUGCGCGCGGGUCGCCGGGUUAAAUUACUAGUAGUUGGGA